UUGGAUUUGAGGAAAACCUGACUUACCAACGGACUUACAUAUUCACAAUUACUCACAACAACAUGUAUGCCUCUAUUCUUCUGACCUCUCUCCUCGCCGCUGGCGGUGCCCGCGCUGCCGUGGCGCAGGGCUCAUGGGGCGUUCGCGCAGACUACUCCCGCUGCGACGCCGCUACUCCCCUGGAAGUCGUUCUCGACGGCGCCCAAAGCAGCUCCUCCCCCUCCGCCAACAUCACAGACUUCUCCAUCGCCUCCCCCUUCUCCGGCUCCCUCGUCAUCAAGGUCGCCGGCGCCGUCGGCUACGGCAGCCCCUACCCGCCCCAACAGGUCGGCGUCGAGGUCUUCGCCGCCGCGACGGCGGGCGACCCGGGCGUGUGGGCGAACGCGACCGUGACGCCCGGUGUCGGGCAGCCGGCUUCCGUGGCGCAGAUUGCGUGGAACACGAGGAGCGAUGUGACUGUUGCGCCCAAGGAGGGGGAGACGGUUUCGCUGGAGACGAUCUUUGACGGUGGGAGCUUGGUUGUUUAUUACGUGAGUUUCCCCCCUUUUACCCCUUCCAUUGAAGGAGGAGCGAAGAAUAGUUUGCUGAUUGCGGUGUGUGUGUGUGUUUUUGUAGUGCGGCCUUCCUGAGGCUGGUGGACCUGUCGCAUAAAGGGGGAUGCUGGUAUGAUCGGAUGAAAGUGGGAUACACGACUCGAAGCAGGUUAGAUUUGCAAG